UAUCACGCCUUUCUCGCGGAGGACGCGGCGCCCGAGAGCGACAUUUGAACAGCACUUCAGCCACCAUGGGGAAAGUGCCUGCAGUCGGAAUUGAUCUCGGCACGACGUAUUCCUGCGUCGGGGUCUGGCAGCAUGGCAAAGUAGAGAUAAUCGCCAAUGACCAAGGAAAUCGCACAACACCGAGUUAUGUCGCUUUCACGGACACUGAACGUCUUAUCGGCGAUGCUGCCAAAAGCCAGGUGGCGAUGAACCCAAAGAACACCGUUUUCGACGCGAAACGCUUGAUAGGAAGGCGCUUCGACGAUGCAAAGAUUCAGGACGACAUGAAGCACUGGCCGUUUACUGUCGUCAACGAUGGCGGCAAGCCCAAGAUCCAGAUGCGCGAGAUCGCCGAGACGUACCUGGGCGGGAAGGUGACGGACGCGGUGAUCACGGUGCCGGCCUACUUCAACGACUCGCAGCGCCAGGCCACCAAGGACGCCGGCGCCAUCGCGGGCCUCAACGUGCUGCGCAUCAUCAACGAGCCGACGGCCGCCGCGCUGGCCUACGGCCUCGACAAGAACCUCAAGGGCGAGAAGAACGUGCUCAUCUUCGACCUCGGGGGCGGCACCUUCGACGUCUCCAUCCUCUCCAUCGACGAGGGAUCGCUCUUCGAGGUGAAGUCGACGGCCGGCGACACGCAUCUGGGCGGCGAGGACUUCGACAACCGCCUGGUGACGUUCUUCGCGGACGAGUUCCAGCGCAAGUACAAGAAGGACAUGCGCGGCAACACGCGCGCGCUGCGCCGCCUGCGCACGGCGUGCGAGCGCGCCAAGCGCACGCUCUCCUCCAGCACGGAGGCCAGCCUGGAGAUCGACGCGCUGCACGAGGGCGUCGACUUCUACUCCAAGAUCACGCGCGCGCGCUUCGAGGAGCUGUGCAUGGACCUGUUCCGCUCCACGCUGGCGCCCGUGGAGCGCGCGCUCGCCGACGCCAAGCUCGACAAGGGCCGCGUGCACGACGUCGUGCUCGUCGGCGGCUCCACGCGCAUCCCCAAGAUACAGAAGAUGCUGCAGGUGCGCCCUCGCCGGCCAACAGCGCUCUUCAGACUUCUUCUGCGGGAAGGCGCUCAACCUGUCCAUCAACCCGGACGAAGGCGGUUGGGGCGUACGGCGCCGCGUGCAGGCGCCAUCUUGAGCGGCGACACCAGUCGCAGAUCCAGGACGUGGCUUGCUAGUGGACGUGGCGCCGCUGUCGCUGGGCAUCGAGACGGCCGGCGGCGUCAUGACCAAGAUCGUGGAGCGCAACUCGCGCAUCCCGUGCAAGCAGACGCAGACCUUCACACCACUACUCCGACAACCAGCCGGCCGUCACCAUCAGUCGUCAUAAGGAUACAUCAGGUGUUCGAGGGCGAGCGCGCCAUGACGCGGGAUAACAACCUGCUGGGCACCUUCAACCUGACGGGCAUCCCGCCCGCGCCGCGCGGCGUGCCCAAGAUCGAGGUGACGUUCGACCUGGACGCGAACGGCAUCCUCAACGUGUCCGCCAAGGACAGCAGCACGGGCAAGUCGGAGCGCAUCACCAUCCAGAACGAUAAGGGCCGCCUCUCCAAGGACGAGAUCGACCGCAUGCUGUCGGAGGCCGAGCGCUACCGCGCCGAGGACGAGAAGCAGCGCGAGCGCGUCGCCGCGCGCAACCAGCUCGAGAGCUACACCUUCAGCGUCAAGCAGAAGACGGUGCAGGAGCGCUGCGCCGCCGUCCUCUCGUGGCUGGACGGCAACACCUUGGCCGAGAAGGACGAGUACGAGGCGAAGCUGAAGGACCUGCAGCGCGACUGCGCGCCCAUCAUGACCAAGCUGCACCAGGGCGCGGCGGGCCAGGGCGGCGCGCCGGGCGCUAAGGGCCCCACCGUGGAGGAGGUGGACUACCGACACGCACGCAGUGGCGUCGCGCGCGCACAGCGGGACGCGCCGGCAUCGGCAAUCUCUGGGCAGGCCGCGAGAAUCGCGACACGUUCAAGAAUAUCCUGA